AUGGGACCUCUGGGAUCCCUGCCCCAGGCCCUGUGCCUCCACGGGCUCUGCUCUGGCCUCCUCAGCCAUGACUCUUCCAAUGAGGAGAAGCACCUGGGGGACCAAGGGGAUAAGCCCACCUGGAGCCCCUCCUCACAUAGCCCACGCUCCAGGAAAGAGGAUAAGGAGACACAGAGCAAGCCAGCAUCCUGGCAGUCUUCGGGCCUGUGCCAGGUCUGGCUGGAAAAGCUCAGGCAGACGGUUGCAUGGCCUGCAGAGCCCAGAGGCCCCACUGUGCUGGUGGAGUUGUCCAGCGUCACACAAGAGCCCUUCUCAGAGGGGGACCCACAGACUCCUCCACUAGAACCCUCUCCAGCAGACAGCAACUCCCCUUCAGUUGGUCUGUGGGCACUCGAAGCUGUGUGCAACCAGGCCAAUGAGGUCGAGCGGCGGCGGCGGCGGCGGCGGCGCAGGCACGGUUCUCGCCUCCUCCCGGCAGGCGGAGUGAGUGGAGGCUGCAGCCCAGCUGGUCUGGGCGUCCGCGUCGCCGCCGCUAAGCCCCCCGCCCCGCUUCCGCCGCGUCGGAAUGAGCUCCCGGAAAGUGCUGGCCAUUCAGGCCCCAAAGCGGAGGCCAAAAAGAGAGAAAUAUCCGAAAAACGCCACAUCCCAGGGAAGGAAGAAACAUGCUCCAGGGCUGGAAGUUCGUCUUUGAGGGAGGAAGUUCCCUGGAGUCUGCAGCAGAUGGGGGAGGCCCCAGUGGGGCGCACGUGGAUGCAUUUCUGGGAGGAAACCAAGUACCAUCCGCUCUCGCUCGCUCCCAUCCAGUGUUUUCUUCCCCCAGAAGGGAAGUUUCACCAGCCUCAACUACUACUCCCCAUCCCCUGCAACUGCCAUUCUUUCUGACUUGUCUCUAGAAAAGGCCAUGUGACCUCUCCCUCAGGCUGACCCAUUGUCCCAGCCAGAAUGUCCAGCCAAAGCAGAAUAAAGCAUCUACUGGACUUAAAGGAGUGCCUCUGAUAUCUCCCAACUCAGUUCUGAAAGGAUCCCCUGAGGAGAUUUUAUCAUAGACACAUUUAAAAUGCCAAGAAUGAAUCGAUGUGUCACCAAAUUUCAGUGUCAGUGCUAGAGGCAGAUUUACAGCUCAAAUGAAGUCCGUUAAAAAAAAAAAAGAAGAAGAAGAAAUUCCACUUUCUUCUCUAGCUGUGAAAAUAUUCUCUGAGGAGUCUCCUGUCUGAACACCUAUAUGACCAAGAGUGGAAUUUAUCAAAGCAGAUGUGAGAAUAAGAGUUUAGUGUUAGUUCUCUAUUGCCAUUUAACAAAUUACCCCAAACUUAGAAGUUUAGAACAACAAACAUUUAUUAUCUCAGACAUCUAUUCCUGAGGGUCAGCAAUCCAAGAGCUGCAUAGCUGGGCGAUUCUGGCUUAGGGUUUUUCAUGAGGUUAUAGUCAAGCUGUCAACCAGUCCUACAGUCAUAUGAAAUCUUGACUAAGGCCAAAGGAUCCACAUCCACAAUGUCGCCUAAUUUCUGACUGGAGGCCUUGGGUUCCUAAUGGCUGUCGGCAGGAAGCUUCAGUUUCUCUCCACAUGGGCUUCUCCAUGGGGAUACCUGAGUGUUCUCAUGACAUGGAAGUGGACAUGUGAUCCAAGAAAGAGCAGGACAGAAGCCUUGUCUUUCAAAAUCUAGCCUCAGGAUUGAUAUACCAUCAGUCUGCUGUACUCUAGUGGUCAUAUAGACUAACUCUGAUGACAUGUGAGAAAGAAAUACACAAGGGCCUAAAUAGUGGGACGCAGGGAAUGCUUUGCCUUUGGGAUUCUCUAGUGGCCACCUUUAAGGCUGGCUACAACAUAUUAGGUGGUAAAUGCAAUGGAACUCAUGACUCCAAUAUAUAGAAUAAAAAUAGAAUUACUAAUAAAUACUGAAGAUUGGUGGUCCUCAGAUGUGAGCAGGCAUCAGAAUCACCUGUGUAUUUAGCAAU